CGACUGUCAGACCAGUGCACGUUUGUCGGGAACAUUGAGCGCAUCGAGUUGUUAUCGUUCUCGUUGAAGAACAUUUUGUCCGGUUGUGCACGAUGUUGUUGUCGAUCAUAGCGUGAGUGAAAAAAGAAAACUGCGAGUCUCUCGGAACAACUAUGCCAUCUGCUAUGUAUCAUUCUAGUAAAUACGCUAAUCAAUCACAAUUACAAUUAUCUUUUUAACGGCCGCGUUCAAUGAUAAAACUUAUUUUCCGUGUGUCGCAUCUUGUCUGCAUUCACCUCGUCUUCUUUAAAACGCACUUUGUUAUCAAUAAAUAACGGACGUGUAGUUGAACUCGCGGAUCGUACCGCGUGCUUGCGCCGCGUGCUGUCAGAAUUUUCCAGUUACGAAAUUCUCUUUGAUUCUUGCGAUGUCUGUAGCGAUUUCGUGAAUUUCAAAUCGAAGACUGUGCCGAAAGGUUCAAUAACACGGAUCAGAGCCGUAGACAAACAUAAAACGCGAAAUCCGUCGGGGAACGAAACGUAAUAGCGAACAGGUUCGCUCGGUAGCAAACAACUUCGAGAAUAUUUCAUCUCGAGCUGCUCCCCGGUCGUGUGUGCCUCUAUAAUGUAUGUACGACGCGAUUCUUGUUACGGUGGAUGUAUCCGUCGGGAAAUACAUCCACGCGAACGCCAAGUAUUAUCCAACGCAUACAUAAAUGGUGCACGUUAAAAGUAUUUUCGUAUUUGAUUCAACCCUUGAAAUUGACAGCACUGCAUCGCGUAUUGCAGUUGGCAAAACUAAUAUAGGAGCCGUAGGAAAAGCAUUGUUCAAUCCGAGAAUGUAAACAAAUCCUCGGAGCGGUAUUGCUGUGCGUAUGUAAUACGAAUUUCGGUCGAGCAUAUGCCAAAACAACAUUAUAAAACGUACAACUACGUCGGUACUUUGUUGUACUAUUUACCUCCUCAUAUCAGACAAUAUUUUUUCUGCGAGGGCUUACAAUUUACGAUUGGGACAUAAACGACGUUCGCGCGGAGCGUGUUAAGUCGAGCGAAACCUUAAUCGCGACAAGCGUUAACGGUGGAGUCACGUGUUUAGGUGUGCGGUUGAUGAGUCGGAGGUGAGACGCGCGUCCCGUCAGAUCGCUUCACGAUGAACUGAACGAUUUCUCCCCGCGAUUACGAAGGGAAGAACGUUCUCGACUCGAGUCUCGUGAAAAAGACGGACGAGAAAAAUAAGAGAGGCGGGUGAAAACAACAUGAGGGCCUCGUUGCUGCUGCUGAGUGGUAUCGUAGUGUUUUCGAUCGCGGUCGCAACAGCUCUUUCCUGUGUGUGCUCGCCCUUCGAUUGUGACAUUCUCACGGACGAGGACUGCCCCGGAGGUCUCACCUGGGACCCCUGCAGAUGUUGCAGAGUAUGCGCUCGCGUUGAGGGUGAACCGUGCGGUGGCCUCUUCGGUUUUUCCGGAAGCUGCGCCGAUGGUUUGCAAUGCGUCAUCAAGAAUCUGCUGCCCAAUACCCGCGAGUUGGACGAGGGAAUCUGUACGAAGAUCCCGGGCAGGUGGAGGAGACAUUGCCCGCAACGACCUGUAAUGUCUGAACCCGGUUGCAACUUGGUGUCCGAAGGCGUUGCCGGUGAGAAAGGAAACACAGUGUCGACCGGAAAAUGCGUUUGCGGGCCGUCGGUGCUGUGGUGCCCGAAAGAGCCGCAGCCAUACGAUUACUCUACCCUCCACGAAUGCAAGCUCAAUUUGGCCGCGAAGAUGGGAUACGAUGACCUCUUUAAUUCAGGAAGCACGGCGAGCGACGGGAUUGGCAACGGCGGGGUUGACGGAGACGCACAUGGCACCGAAUGUCCAGAGGACAGCGUUCGAGGGGAGAACGGCGAUUGCAAAUGUGCGGUCGACUGUCCAUUGGUCGAAUGUCCAGAGGGUCAACGUCCGGUCCAGAUGAAAUCAGCGGAUCCCGAAACGCCUGGUAGCUGUUGCGCUCGCUACGAGUGCGUCCUCUCAGAUUCCCGAGGAUUGGUGCCGUGUCCCGAGAACAGCGUGCUGACGGAGGAUGGGAAAUGCGAGUGCGCACCCUGCCCACCGGCCAGCUGUCAGACCGGAUACCGGCCCGUACAAGUUAGCGCUGCGCUCGAUCGCAAGGCACCCGAUAGCUGUUGCCCUCUCUACGACUGUAAACCUGCGGAGCCCGUAUCGCGGGUAAAAGUUCCCCCGGAAGUACCGGCAUUAGAGAAAUACUGCAUUUACGAAGAGAAGGCGAGGAAAUUAGGAGAACGAUGGCAGCAAUCGGAUUGCGUUAAUUGCAUUUGCGAGGAAGACGGAGUGUCCUGUCAAGAACCAAUGUGCAAGUCUUGCGAGAACCCGAUUCCACCUGAUCCCGGCGAAUGUUGUCCGCACUGUCCGCCACUCAUCGACCCCAAAUCGCCUUGUCAGCCACUGGAAAAUUGCGUGUUAACGUGCGAACACGGUUACGAGAGAGACAAAAAUAAUUGUCCCGUUUGCAGUUGCACAACGCAUCAGGAAGAUGACGAAGUGGAGGAACAACCGGUAACAAAGUUCAUCGACGCCGACAAGACUUGCCCAGAGACAUCGAAUUGCGCUGCGAACUGCGAGUUAGCGAAGGACGAAAAUGGUUGCCCGGUGUGCAGCUGUCAAACUUCGCACAACUUUGAACAGCCCACGAACGACACUGUGUUGAUCGAUAAGACCGGGAAAAAAAUAUGUCCCGAAGUGAAAUGCGACCUGCACUGCGAGCGAGGAUUGGUAAUGGACGAGAACGAUUGCACGUUCUGCGAAUGUAGACCACCGGAAUCGGGAUGUCCUCCUCUGAUCGGGUGUAGGAAGAGAUGCCGUUUUGGUUACAAGACGAACAAACGCGGCUGUCCGAUAUGCCGUUGUCGCGCACCCUGCACAUACUACAACAACACGCAUCCGGAAGGUGUGACUUGGCACCCGAACUCAUGCACCUCGUGUACCUGCGAGUCCGGAGGAAAACUCAGCUGUAGAGAGACCAUUUGCUCUGUAGCUUGCAACGACCCCUUGCCUCCGAAGCCGUCAACCUGUUGUCCGAUCUGUCCUAUUAUGCCAACGAAAGGCCACGGGGCGAUUGGCCAACACGAGGUCAAAGGCUGGAGCACAGUACCUAUCACCCUCAUCGCGAUACUCGCGUUGCUCUGUGUGUUGCUGAUUGUACACAUUGUCCGCGGACGAUUCCGUGCUCGUCUCUCGCCUUCGGAGGCAUCCUAUUCUUCGUACCCGCCGCAAUAUUACAAAUGCGUGCCGGUGUACGAUACGCCGAUGCAUCGAAACGAGAAAAUAGUACCCUUGUAAAAGACUGUCUGAUAAAACCGGUUGAAUAACGCGGGACAUUCUGGGCGCAGGCGGCCGAGGAGGGAAUCGAAGACAAAGAACCAAGGAAAAGCAAAGGAAGAGGAGACGAAUCACUCGCCUUGAAUGAAACGUAGUUGUCGCCAGCGAUUCUGAACCCUAGCGUGUUUCACCGGUUAAGAAAACUAUAUUGUAGAUUCAGUAUUAUUUGUAAGUAGCGGAUGGUUUUGCGGUCAUAAAGGAGAACGAUAGGGUGAAUAAAACGAAGCCACGCGAGGGCUUCCCGAAUACUUUUCCGAAUUUCCCUCCCCUACGAUGUCGUGUUAUAAUAUGUAAAUUAUAUUAUAAAAGCUAGCGUAAUUGUCGUGGAGAAGAAGAUAAAGAAAAAGUAAAUAUAUGCUAACGAUAAAAACUCGGUAGACCUUAAAGCUCUGAUCGAGAAGCGUAGAGGAUGAAAAAGCGGGCGUCUUAGUCGUAGUAUUAGUUCCCUCGAUCUCUGGACCAUCGUGGCGUUUUGCGUUACGAUCCAUUGGCAAUGCGAACUGUAUUUUGUAUUGGUUUUCUAGACGAGUUUUCAAACGCUUUUUUCCACGCGCAAUUUUCCUUUCCUCUCUACACGCCUUUCCAUGUUCGUUCUCUAUUUUCUAUUCUUAUUUCCUUAUCUGCGGUAUGUAGUGUGUCCGAUACCGUGGAUCCCAAGAAAGAAGGACAAUAUUACUCCACGUUGUUCUCGGGGCAUCGUUUAUCACAAUUUAUAUCGUUCGUGACAGAACCAGACGCCAGUUGUUUCUUAUACUCGUUCCAGCGGGUUUCACAGCGGAUUAAAUUGGAACCAUUUAAUUUGUCAUAGAAGAAGAAUCACGCGCAAAUAGAGAAAAAUCUCUGAACAGUUUGUGCAAAAAGCUGACUAUCACUAUUCCAAUCAGAAGAAAAAAUAUCGAUGAUUAUCUUAAACAGUUAAAUAUUGAUGAACAUAUUGCAAGGAAAAAAUUAAAAUUAGCCCCGAGCUCAAUUUCUUACUUCAUUUCUCAUUCUUUCCUACACACACAUAUUUGUACAGCACAUAAAACUAACUCGAUCUGUACAAGUACCCCAGACUUAUUCAAGUGUAAAAAAAAAGCAUUACGCGUUCUACGAGGUCGCGUUUGUUCUUAAAUUCGAUGUUGCGUGUUACAUCUCGUGCGACGACGGUAACGAUGCAGCCACAACUGUAUCCAUUACUUUGCGAAAUAACUCUGUUGUGAACCACGAAAGGAAAGAAGAUUCGAAGGAAAAUGCGCGCGUGCCCACGGAUGCCUGUGUAUGCGGACGCGUGUAAAUGUGAAUGAGAACGAGAGAAAGGGGUUGAUGAAUAGAGUGCGAAAGCGUGAUGUAACGACGUUAGAUUUCGGCGAUGCAUGCGUCGGAGAGAAACGCGAAACGUCUUUUAAAUCAUAAUCGUUGUAACACCGAUCUAUCAUGCGACUGCAAAUUAAAACAUAUCUCUGUGUGCUUCGACGCAAAAACAAAACGCGCGCGUGCGCGCAUGUAGAAACUCUCAUCUUAUCAUUCCUCCUCUCCUAAACUAAUGCGUACAUAUAUUUUUCCAAAUGCAACACAUACGAGCAUAUACACACACUCAUAUCUUAACGUAUCUAAUUACAUCGUCUCUAACCGUUUAUCGUAAAGUGAAACGCUGAACUUGUACGCGUUUGGCACCACGUAUAAUAGAAUUGAUCGUCGAUAAAUCGCAGACUGUAUUUCGUACGUGUACAUGUAUGUACGUUGGAGACAAUAUGUAUCGACGACAGGUUCGUACGAUGUUCCCGUAACGCGCGACAAUCUGUGCACGAGACUCGACCGUUUCUCGUUCAUCGUCCAUCGAUAAACGUUUUAUCAUUGAGGAGUAAGAAAAAUCGCUUCAAACGCGAGAAUCAGAGUGUUUUGAAAAACAAUAGACAAUUAUACAUUGUCUCUAAUAUUACAAAUUCAUCAACAUUAACUGUUGUUAUACAUAUCUCAGAAUCCGGGAAGUACUUAAUUGUAUUUAUUAAAAAGAUGCACAGUUGUAAUUGUUGUAUGAUUAGCAUAAACUUUUGGAAGGCAUAGAAGUGUCUGAUUAAAGUACUACAAACUGCUCGUGCUCCCGAACGGCUUUAAUACUUUUAGUGCUUCAUAUGCGAAAAAAAUAUUCGUAGCUAUUAACGCUAUUGCGAGAAGAAAUGAAAAUUUCGACAUAACUAUCGAGAAACGACGAGGAAACAAUGGUCUCGUGUUUGCGCGCACCCCUUUUUCGUGUACAGUUUCACCGUAAUGAAAUAUCAUAUCAGUGUAAUCUAGACUUAUUUAAUAUAUGCGAACUUGUAUGCAUAUUAAAAUCGUGCGUCAUGUUUAAAAAAAACGAUAGCUCUUGUAUGUUAAAUAAAACGAGACUAAAUAAAAUUGUUGAUAUGUGAUA